AUGUCUCCUAGACAGCCAAAUGACCAAAACGGCCGCGCAACCAACAAAUGCGCGAACGUCAAUGUUCUAUCUCAGCGCUUCUCCGAUAUCCCGUCAACACUGGAUAUCGCGGUCCACCUCGAGCAAAAAGUUGAAGUCGAAGAUGAUGCUCAUGCCGUCGAAAUCUACUUCGAAGACCUCUCUGAUCCGAACGAGCUCUGUUCUCAGCUAGAGAUAGAGCAUGCUGCCCCAAGGUACUGGAUGACGAUUGCUCUUGCAUAUGCGAAGCAAGGCACGAUGGAAGAUGCAAUUAAAACUCUUGUCCGCGCUGGAAAUUUAUUACAAGAAAAGGAGUCCAGGAGAAACUGA